AAGUCGUGGAAGAUGACGCGGGCUGCGGGAAAACCCUGAGCGGAUUUGGGAAGCAGGGAACGAACAAUAUAGAGGGGUGAUGCGUGAUGCAAUACCUGGAUAUUCCACAUCGUCCGUCCGCACCUCCGUUUCCACGCACCCCAGUUCUGAGCACGGCUUCUUUGGCCAGAGGACGAAGGGAGGAGACUGGGUCUCACUUAUUUUAACCUUAAACGGAUUAGCCUUUACUUUCUGACUUUACUACAUCAUUCUUGGAGCGCGCAUUUCUAACAGAAAGGUGUACCGAUUGCUUUGUUUUCCUUAAACCACUGCAUGGAUGACGACUCAGCAUUUGUCCUCAGAUGACCACGGUGUAUCGAGUUAGAGUAGAUGUUGGGCUAAGCCAAUCUGUUGCAAAUUGACUCCUCGGUGGGAAGCGACCGACGCUACACUUCUCUGCACAGAUUAAUUUCAUAUCCGCCACUGGGCCACUGAAGAUUCGUGAUUUGUCAUCUGUGCAGUGUCAUCACUGUUUGCAUCGAACCCGGGCUGAUCGCUGACGCCAAUGACCUGUCUCUGUGAGGUGUGUGAUGUAUUGACGAGACUGGGCCCGAAACGACAAGAGCAAAAGCAAUCUCUGUCCAGUUGAUGGAGAAAUAGACUAACCCAAUCAAAUCUCAGUUUCCAAAAACACUGCUGGAGAUUCCUCAGCUUCUCUUAAUCGUCUUAUCUUGUUCUUAUCAUGAAUUACCUGCGUCGCCGACUGUCUGACAGCAAUUUUAUGUCAAACCUGCCCAAUGGCUACUUAUCGGACCUCCAGCGUGCCGACCCACAGCAGCAGCCGCCGCCGCAGACGAGCCCCGAGGUGUCGCCCGGACCACAGGAGAGGAAGCUACCCCCGUCCCAAACCUCCGGCGCCGGCUUUUUUUCCUCCAUCUCCAACGCAGUGAAACAGACCACCGCGGCAGCCGCAGCCACCUUUAACGAAGCGGCGGAGCGGACGGGCGGUGGCAGCAAUGCAAAAAUCCUGCUGGUUAUCGACGACCAGCAGACAGACUGGGCCAAAGUCUUCAGAGGCAAGAAAGUUCAUGGGGAAUUUGACAUCAAAGUGGAACAGGCUGAGUUUUCUGAGAUCAGUCUGGUGGCCUACGCUACCGGCAGCUACAGUGUGGACGUCGAGGCGAUCCGCAACGGCAACAAAAUUAACAAGUGUUUCAAACCGGAUUUCGUGCUGAUCCGGAAGCACGGCUUCAGCAUGGCGAAGAACGGCGACCACCGGAACAUCGUGAUCGGUCUGCAGUACGCCGGCGUCCCCAGCGUCAACUCCCUGCACUCCGUCUACAACUUCUGUGACAAGCCCUGGGUGUUUGCUCAGAUGACCAGAUUGUUCAAGCAGCUGGGUCCCGAGGAGUUCCCACUGAUCGAGCAGGUUUACUACCCCAACCACAAGGAGAUGAUCACCACACCCGGAUUUCCAGUAGUGGUGAAGAUGGGCCACGCCCACUCUGGCAUGGGAAAGGUGAAAGUGGACAACCAGUAUGACUUCCAGGACAUCGCCAGCGUAGUGGCCCUGACCAAGACCUACGCCACCUCGGAGCCUUUCAUCGACGCCAAGUAUGAUGUCAGAAUCCAGAAGAUUGGAAGUAAUUACAAGGCUUACAUGCGGACAUCUGUUUCGGGGAACUGGAAGACAAACACAGGCUCAUCCAUGCUGGAGCAGGUGGCCAUGUCUGACAGGUACCGCAUGUGGGUGGACCGGUGCUCGGAGGUGUUCGGCGGGCUGGACAUGUGUUCUGUGGAGGCUCUGCACGGCAAAGAUGGCAAGGACUACAUCAUUGAGGUGGAGGGCUGCUCCAUGCCUCUGAUUGGCGACCAGCAGGAGGAGGACCGGACCCUCAUCGUCGACCUGGUCAUCGCCAAGAUGAACCAGACCGUCCCCCACUCCGCCCAACCAUCACCAGUGCGCUCACAGCCUCCUUUGGUGCAGAAGGCUGUGUCUCCGCAGUCAACCUCUCAGCAGCAGGUACCGCAAGCUCAACAGCGCCCUCCAACACAAGGUGCCCCCCCACCCAGCUCUGCCAGUGCCCCCAGCAUGUCUCGCCCCGCCCCCCCCUCGCAGCAGCGCCCCUCCCCUCAGGGCCAGCCUAUCCCGAGCCAGACCGCGCCCACCUCCAGCACCCCGACACCCCAGGCCGCGCCCCAGCAGGCCCGACCUGCAGGGGGCGCCCCAAAGCCAGCGGGUCAGGGCCCCCCCCAGCAGCAGAGGCCCCCCCCUGCCCAGGGCGGAACUGGCCGAGGCCAGGGGGGGCCCACACAGGUUCAGAGGUCACAGUCCCAACAGCAGAGGGCUCCGGCGGGGGGCACCCCUGGACCCAAACCAGGCGGAGUGGGCGCUCAGCAGAGGCAGGGCCAGCCGGCCAGGCAGCUCAGCCUGGGGGCCCAGCAGCAGAGAGGGCCCCCCCAGACGCAGGGAGGCCCCAGGCCCCCCACCACCCAGCAGCCCCGCCCUGUUGCCCCAGGCCAGGGAGGACCAGGAGCGGGGCGACCCCCCCUCCAGCAGAAGCCAACCCCCCCACAGAAGCCCAGCCCUGACCACCCCGCACUGAGCGGGUCCCCUCAGCUCAACAAAUCGCAGUCUCUUACCAAUACCUUCAACAUUCCAGACACGGCGGCGCCGCCGGUGGGGGCGGGGGGGCCGGGGCCCCGCCCAAGCCUCAGUCAGGAUGAGGUGAAGGCCGAGUCGAUCCGCAGCCUCCGCAAGUCCUUCGCCAGCCUCUUCUCCGUGGAAUAAGCCCCUCCCCACACAUAGCACUGGACAGACUGUGAGACUGACAGACAGACAAAUGGACCAAUAGACAAACAGACUGACUGACUGACUGACCACCCUCACAGCCAGUAGGAUAGACAGACCAAUAACAAAAGACCGGCCCACAAUGGGCGUUUGUAUAAAUAGAAUCUAGUAGUUUCCGCCGAUAAUAUACACAAAUUCACUGCCGAUUCUAUUCCGAGACCACAGCACGGAGACAGAUGUCGCAAAUGAGAAACACACACUGGGUGUGUGUGUCCGAAGGAAACAUUCCUGUUCAUCUUGGAUCUUUGUUACAAUGGAUUUAAAAAUCACAUGAAAAACACUAAGGCACACACACACACACACACACACACACACACACACGCACACACACGCACACAUACAGACACCCUAGACACACACUUACGAACUACAAUAUCAAUUGGUUAGAUGUUUCAACACUGUAGAGUUAAGUGAUGAGAGACUCUCACAGUAGCCCCUCCCCGGACUAACAUCGAAGUCUAGGAAUAAAAAAAAAGAAUAGAAAUAAUGAUGAAACCUUUCGUCAAGUGAUUCGGCUAUUCAUUCCUUGAUUUUAUUUUAAUUUGAUCUUUUGAUCUGAUAUUUAGUCGCUGAAACCAUCUGAUCAGACAUUUGUGGAGACUCCGUCAGCAAAUAUGCCAUCGUUAAUGAAGGUCUCCAAUUAAGAUGUCCCCACACUCAAAUGUUCCGUCGGAAACUUUAACUCUUUCGAUUCUUAAGCGCAGUUCACCAGUAUGGUUAACACAGCAGUCGUCACGACAAACACACAAACACACAAACUCCAAACACACAAACACACAAACGCACAAACAGACAAACUCCGAAACGGUGAUGAACUUACAGACACGUGUGAGUGCAGCUUUGUGAAUGUGCUUCCCCUUUGCGCGCUGUUAGCUAGCUGUCGUUUUUUCCUUCGCCCUUUUAGUGAUGUCCCUUAAGCUGCAUGGAUCUUUAAAAGACCGUGGUUGUGUUUUCGUGCCCUCUCACGCCCGCUGCUCACCGUCGUGCUUGUAACCGUGACGAUCCUAGUGCUAGUAGGCAUCAGUGUGUUUACUUUUCUCUCAAGUGAGUUUGCAGUCGCCGCUCUCCUCUCCUAACUCCUAUAACCAGAUCCACAACAGAAACGCUUCUGUAUCGCCCAAACUGCAGAGAACAUGCCUUACAACCGAGAUGUAGGCGAGACUUCAACAAGCCCAAACCGAUUUGUCUCAGGGAUGUCCUGAAGAUUGUGACGCAAGGCAAGGCAGUCGUUGUCUUAGAUCAGGUCUUCCAAAACCCAAACAUGAAUCGUAGAAGUCGUUUGAUCUACAACGCGAGCAAAAAUAGUUAGAAUGUACUUGUUCAUUUUUACAGUAAUAAUGCUAAUGGCUUGAAACAUGAAAUUGAAAUGUUUUGCACACUGUUAUACUUGAGUAAACGUGAUGUGAGAAGGGUUGAGGUUUGUGGGAUAUUAAGGUGUGUGUGUAUGGGGUCUCGACCCGUUGCCAUGGCCUCCAGGGCACCAGGGCAAUAAGCACAGAGCUGGAGUUGCCUUCGCCAGCCGAGCGAGCGAGCGAGCGAGUGAGCGAGCGUCGUUUUGUGUCUGAGACGAGCGAAUGAGAGGCCAAUCUCAUCCCUCCAAAAGAACGCACAAGCCAAGGAUUCCAUGUGUUCGUCAUGUUUUUUAAAUAUUAUCGUCAUUUUAAAACAUCUGCAAAACACCCAUACAACGUCUCCCAAAAUGUCCCUUGAAAUGUCCCCCAAAUUCCCCUGGGCGUCCUCUCCACACUGAACUCGUGCUUGACCCUUGACCCCGGGCACUGAGACGUCUUCCAGAGGAGAUGGCAGUAGAUGGGCCCAGCUGGAUAGGUUUAACCCCCAAACCCCCCCCCC